AUGCAUGCUGCUAAGGUGUUUGCUUUCCUCUUAUCUCAUCUUGUCCUCACAAAUGCCCAGGGUUGCGGCGACACCCCUGCCUGUAUUGGAACGGAAACUUGUGCCACUAUCACCCGCACAACACCUACACCGACAACCAUAACCACCUGCGCCCCAACCCCGACGUGUUUAUACGUAUACCAGGGUUGUUCAUCCGGAGGUGGCACCGACAUAUGCUGCUCGACGUACUGCGCCGCUACCAAGUGUAGACCAACGGAUCCCAAGUGGCCAAAUUGCCAAGAGGACCUGAUGUACUGCGACUCAGAUAACGAAUGCUGCUACAACAAUGGAUGUGUAGAUCACUUCUGCCGCAAGCCAGGAUCCUAA